UAUGAUGAAUUACUGGAAGAGCAACCUCAGUAAUGAUAUUCAUCAACGCAAAAUGCUGUGCACUGCUCUGAAACAACAUAAGCUCAGGAAACUAGCUAAAGAAUUAUUUGAGAGUGAAAUUGGCAAUGAAAAUCUUGACACUCAGGAAGCAGGAAAAUGUUUUAAUGAUCAAGAUUUGCUGUUUAUCUGUGACAAACUGGAUCCCGAAUCAUGGAGGAGACUGGGAGUGCGUCUUGGACUUGAAUGGACCGAUGUAAAAAAGGUAGCAAAAAACAACAGACUGGUUGAAGACCGCAUCAUGGAAUUGCUGGUUACUUGGAGGGAUGACCAAUCAAAGUGCCAACAAGUACCAAUCAUGGUGAAUGCUUUGAGACAACAGAAGUUUUUUGGACUUGCACAACGUGUAUGUGAAAAGCAUGGUUACAGUGACGAGGCAGAAGUUGCACCAAAUCAGAUAAAUCUGCCGCAAAUUCAAACGCAAGGGCAAGGUUAGUGAAAAUCUGUUGCC